GCCACCGCCGCCGCAGCAGCUUCUGAGCCGGCGGCCUCCUUCCGGAACGGGUAGGGGGCUGAGCUCGGGCCGCCCGGCUCCUCGGGAACAUGAUCCACAGUCUGUUCCUCAUAAACUGUUCCGGGGACAUCUUCCUGGAAAAGCAUUGGAAGAGUGUUGUGAGCCAGUCUGUCUGUGACUAUUUCUUUGAAGCCCAGGAAAAAGCUGCUGAUGUUGAGAAUGUGCCACCUGUCAUCUCAACUCCUCACCACUACCUCAUCAGCAUCUACAGGGACAAACUUUUCUUUGUGUCCGUCAUACAAACAGAGGUGCCACCACUCUUCGUCAUUGAGUUUCUGCAUCGAGUCGCAGACACUUUUCAGGACUACUUUGGGGAGUGUUCAGAGGCUGCGAUUAAGGAUAACGUGGUCAUAGUAUAUGAACUCUUGGAAGAAAUGCUAGACAAUGGAUUUCCUCUGGCAACUGAAUCUAACAUCUUGAAAGAACUGAUUAAACCACCCACAAUUCUGCGCUCUGUUGUCAAUUCUAUUACAGGCAGUAGUAAUGUUGGGGACACACUUCCCACAGGACAGCUUUCCAACAUCCCAUGGCGUCGUGCAGGUGUGAAAUACACAAACAAUGAAGCUUACUUUGAUGUAAUUGAAGAAAUAGAUGCAAUUAUAGACAAAUCAGGUUCCACAGUCUUUGCAGAAAUUCAAGGGGUCAUUGAUGCUUGCAUUAAACUUUCUGGAAUGCCUGAUCUCUCCCUUUCCUUCAUGAACCCAAGGCUUCUUGAUGAUGUCAGCUUCCACCCCUGCAUUCGUUUCAAACGCUGGGAGUCAGAAAGAGUCCUGUCAUUUAUUCCUCCAGAUGGAAACUUCCGACUCAUUUCCUACCGUGUCAGCUCACAAAAUUUAGUGGCAAUUCCAGUGUAUGUGAAACAUAACAUCAGCUUUAAGGAGAACAGCUCUUGUGGCAGAUUUGACAUUACAAUUGGACCAAAGCAGAACAUGGGGAAAACCAUUGAAGGCAUCACAGUGACUGUUCACAUGCCCAAAGUCGUACUGAACAUGAACUUAACUGCUACACAAGGCAGCUAUACAUUUGAUCCCGUCACUAAGGUAUUAACAUGGGAUGUUGGCAAGAUUACCCCCCAGAAGCUCCCGAGUCUUAAAGGAUUGGUGAAUUUACAGUCUGGAGCCCCCAAACCCGAAGAAAAUCCAAGCCUCAACAUUCAGUUCAAGAUUCAGCAACUUGCUAUUUCAGGCUUGAAAGUAAAUCGCCUUGACAUGUAUGGAGAGAAAUAUAAGCCAUUUAAAGGAGUCAAAUACAUCACAAAAGCUGGAAAAUUCCAAGUGAGGACAUGAGAAGAGGCCAUAAAUCCCACAAGAUCAUUGUCUGUUUUCCAAGUGUCAUUACAAUCUGCUGCUUAGUGACUUAGGUUGCUGUUAGGUACCAAGUGGGUGGGAAAUACUCAUUAUUUACAGCAUUUGUAUAGAGCACCUUCUCUUAAAAAAAAAAAAAUGGUAGCUUAGUGGUUGGAAUAGAUUUCUUAAACAGCUUUAAGCUAAGGAACUCUUUUCUAAUGACUUAGCUUAUUUUUAACCUUGUCAUUGAGGAAUGUUUCUGAGCCAACAAGCAAACAACGCUUGUUUCCACAGCACAGAACAACGGUUGGAGGCUACACUCAGCAGCGCAAAGGCAGGCAGGCGUUCACCCUUGGACCUCCCUGCCUUCUGGUCCUGACCUUGGCGUGCGGGAGGCAUGAGAAUCCCAGGGCAGUAGCCAGACUGUGUUGUCACGUGAUAGCUGUAGCCAAAUGAUGUCCUCACUGAUCUUGAUCCUCCCCAAUCAGUCUCCUCCCUCCCCAAACAGUUUACAGCAGACUGCCUCUUCAAGUGUUUGCCUUACUCAGCUUUUCACUUGUGCCAUUAAGCAAGCAUGGUAGCAAAGGACCUUCCCAUACAACCCUGGUGGGGAGCACGACCGCUUCAUUUUCACAAUACUGGGUUUUGUAUUUUUAUAAAGGAACUUUUUAUGUAAAGCUCAGACUUUGAUUUACAGGGACCUUGCUGCAGUAAAUGCCACCUGAAUUAUGUAGCCCAUGAAUUAUGGGCUACAGAUUCAGCUCUUAGCACAGCAGAAAUCAUUUAUAUUAAAGGGGACAAAUGCUUUAGUGAGAAUCCAAGGGAACACUACUUAAAGCAAGCACAAAAUUUUGAGCUUCUGAGCAAACUUAAUAACUAAAAACUAAAUAGCAACAGAGAACUCAAAUCGUAAAGUUUGUCAUUCUGCAUAUUUCCUAAGUCUUAGCAGAACAGCCCUUUUGCCAGAGUUAACCUUGAAUGCCUCAUGUCCACCACAUCAAGUUCCUUCCUGAAAAUAUGGAAAUUGUCAAGGAAGAAGUUACACUUCUUUAUUCUAUUUAUUUAGCUUAUUUUGCUGAGAUUACAGUCUUUGUGCAAUAACAUACCUGGGUUGAUGGGGUUGACAUCCCAGACUGCUGAAGGCCACGUAGUUUUGUGCAACAACAAAGGUUUAAAGACCCAAACAUGUUUUAUUAAAUGUGAAGGAAGAGGAAGUUUUGGGCGCUGAGGUCUCCUUGCUUGUUUUUCACAUGUUGCUAGUCAAAUUACAUAUGAAUCGGGCCACACCUCACUUUGGAUUCUUUUGUCUCUCUGCCCCGUUUCCCUACUCUGUCAGCGGCAGUCUUAGCCCUUUUUAAUAGUACUUUUGUCACUCAGCCUCUCGGGAUAGGAGUUGACUCACACUGUUCAGCAACAUGCAGCUAUUUCCCCUUGUCUUCAAGGCCCUCUGGGGGCAAGUCUGUUCAUAUUACCAACCUGACUUUCAACCCAAAAGUAGGCAGAUAGCUAGAAAAGGGAAUGGCACAUAGAUGCUAGGUCAGACUGGACACAUCUUUAUAUUUCAUUUAAAUUUCUAGGGUGAUUACAAUACUGCCAAACCAUAAUUAUCUGCUUACUAUGUCUAAGAUUAUCUCAAUUCAGUUGCCUCUUCAAGCUUUUCUUUCCAGUGAUCCCUCAACCCUCUGCACUCUUUCUAUCCCUUGUCAGAGUCCCGUAAUUGGACUCCUAUCUGCCAUUGGAAUCCUUCAUUCCAACCAGUUUCCAUCUUCUGUAACUUGGAACUAGGCAUUUUUCUUCCUGUGAUGUCUCUUGCAUAGAAUGCCAUGGUAUGCAAGCAGUUUCCUUGCUUCCAGAAGUUUCUUCUGCCAGCCUUUUCCCUUGUGAACUCUUUUGCUUUAUUCAAUUACUGUAUUAUUUGGUAGAAUUAGAGAAAACUCUUCAGGUGGAGGAUCUGAUUCCUACGUAUCUCGCCAGUCCUGGCUGCACUAUUAAUAAAGAGAUGAAAGCAACGA